UGCCCUGCAAUUCCUCUCAGUGGAUGCAUUCUCUGCGAGGGUGGGCGUCCACCCCAUGGAGACUUCGGCCAUGAUUGCUCUGGAGGGCCCUUGGACCUCCCUUUGUAUAGAGAUCUUGGUGGUCACCCCUCUUGGUUGGGGAUUUCCAAGCUGCUGAGUCUGGAAGCUACACAUCAGGGUUGGUCUCCCUCAUGGCACCUUUUCUAACCUCAGAUCUACCUUCUCAAGACUCUUAUCUUCCCCAAGAAAGGAGCACAGAGCAGGAGGAAGGAAUGACCUCUGAUCUCCUGUCAGAGCCCAGAUUCCAUUACUCUGAAGACAAGGUGUGAAAACUUGGAGUGGACUUCAAAUCAGAUUAAUUCUCUAGGAGAGUCUGCUAAGGAGAUAAUCAGUAAGAAUAAUCCCUUUACUUCCAAAUUGGAAGGAGCAUGGGAAUAUGAGGUCAGGUCAGAGAAGCAGAAGGGGAAUUGGAAUAGACAAUCCAAGGAAGUAAUGAGAAUUCAUAGAAAAACUAGUGAUGAGUUAAAUGUUCAUGAGUAUAAUAUACUUGGGAGGACUUUUAAUCUACUGUCAGUCAUUAUUCCACCACAGAGAGUUCCAACAGGAAAAAUUCUCCAGGAAUAUGAUACACUUGAUAAGAACUUCAAAGAGUUUUCAGACCUAAAUAAAGAUACUAGAAUUCCCUCUUCUAUUUGUAAGUAUAGUAAAUGCAGGAAGCCCUUCACUUACCAGUCAGAUCUCAUUCAGAAUCAUAGAAUACCUACUACACAGAGAUCAUAUGAAUGUCAUGAAUGUGGGAAAUCCUCCACUAACAACUCAGUCCUUAAAAAGCACCUGAGAAUCCACACAAGAGAGAGCCCCUGUAAGAGCAAUGAAUGUGGCAAAGCCUUUAAGCUGAGGCACUCUGUUUAUGAACAUCAGAAAAUUCAUUCUCAGAGGAGAGAGAAACCCCCUAUAUGUAAUGACUGUGGGAAAUCCUUCAGUUAUAAGUCUGUACUCUGGACUCAUCAGGGAAUUCGCAGCUGAGAGAAGCCCUACAGAUGUAAGGAAUGUGGGAAAACCUUCAAGCACAAGUGCUUGCUUAAUGACCAUGUGAGAAUUUAUUCUGGAGAGAAGCCUUAUAAUUGUGCUGACUGGGAAAACAUUUACCCAUAGGACAUCACUAUUUAUGCAUCAAAAAAUUCAUGCUGGAGAAAAACCAUAUAAAUGUGCUGACUGGGGGAAAGCCUGUGCCUACUGGGCAACACUUAUUGAUCAUUGGAGAAUUCACACUGGAGAGAAGCCUUUGAAGUGUGCUGAAUGUGGGCAAACAUUCAGCCGUAGAUCAUCAUUUAGUACUCAUCAGAAAAUUCAUACUGGAGAAAAGCCAUACAGAGGUACUGAAUGUGGGAAAGCCUCUGUCCACAAAGGAACACUUACAGAACAUCAGAUUAUUCAUACAGAGAAACCUUACAGAUGUAAUGAAUGUGGGAAAACUUUUAGUCGGAAAGGCUGUCUUACUGACUAUCAGAGAGUUCACAGUGAAGAGAAGGUUUUUAAAUAUACUGAAUGUGGGAAAGCUUUCAGCCUGAAGCCUUCACUUAUGCAUCAGAAGAUUCAUACUGGAGAAAAACCAUACAAAUGUAUUGACUGCGGGAAAGCCUUUAUCUACAGGGGAGCAUUUAAUGAACAUCAGAGAAUUCAUAAUGGAGAGAAGCCUUUUAAAUGUUCUGCAUGUGGGAAAGCCUUUGCCAGCAGGGGAGUACUUAGCAAACACCAGAGAAUUCACGUUAGAGUAAAACCCUUUAUUUGUAAUGAAUGUGGUAAAAGCUUUAAUAAGCAGUGCCGUCUUAAUAACCAUGAGAAAAUUCAUAUUAGGAAGAAGCCUUUUGAACAUCCCAACUGUGGGGAAACGUUCUGCUAUAAGAAAUUGCUUACUCUACAUGAGAGAAAUGAUACUGAUGAAAAAGAUUUAAAGUGUAAGGAGUGUGGCAAAAUCUUCAAGCAGAGAAGUUAUCUUGUGGUUCAUCAGAUGAUUCAUACUGGAGAGAAACCUUUUGAAUGUAUGUAAGAAAGCUUUCGGCCAUAAGGCAGCUUUUAGUCGGCAUAAAAAAAUUCACACUGGGGAGAAAUCUUUUAAAUAUGCACAAUGUGGGAAAACUUUCAGCCUAAGUUCAUCUCUUAUUUGACAUCAGACAAUUCAUACUGGAGAGAAGCCUUUUGAAUGUACUCAAUGUGGGAAAACCUUUGCCCUCAAAAGAUACCUUGUUGUACAUCAGAGAAUUCAUACUGGAUAGAAACCCUUUAUAUAUCAUGAAUUUGGGAAAGCCUUCAGCAAUACCUAGCUACGUUGGAGAUAUCAGAGAAUUCAUAGUGAAGUGAAACCCUUCAAAUGUACUAAAUGUCGCAAACGUUCAACCAGAUGAGAACUUAACAUCAGAAAAUUCAUAGAGGAGAGAAACCUUUUGUGUGUCCUGAACGUGGGAAAACUUCAAUCGUCAGAUAUACAUUGAUCUACAUCAGGGGAUUCCUACAGCAGCAAAACUCUAUGCAGCCAGUCAGGCGGAGGGGACAUCAUCUCUAAUAUCUCCAAGGCAGAGAGCUCACAUUGCACUCAUAUCUACAUGCAAUGAACAUGGUAAAUCCAUCAGCAACAGCUCGAUCCCUAAGAAACACCAGCUAAUUCACAGAGGGAAACCCUGUAAUUGUAAUAGAUGUGGGAAAAGUCUUCCCUUAGUUUUAUCCCAGUCCUUGGGAAGCAUCAGAAAAUUCAUAAUUGAGAGCAUCCCUCCAGAAUGAAUGUGGGAAAGCCUUCAACUGCCAUCUUAUUUUUUUAUUCUUUCUACAUGGAUUGUCCUCCAUUCACAUAAUAAAAAUUGUUUUGUUUUACCUUCCA